AGGCUUCCUUCCGGAAGAGCAACUGGUGCAACUUUAAUGGACAAGGAAGAGACGUUUGUUUAGGUUUAGUGUUGGCAACGCAUCCACUUUUCCUUCGUCCCGGAUUCCGGUUUCUUUUUUUAUAUAUAUAUCGUUGAAAAUGCCUUUGUUUUCACAAAACCCCUUUGACCAAGAUGUCGAGAAGGCAACAAAUGAAAACAACACAACAGAGGACUGGGGGCUAAUUCUGGACAUCUGUGACAAAAUUGGAACGACAUCCAACGGAGCAAAGGACAGCUUGAGGUCCAUAAUGAAGAGAGUCAACCACAAAGUGCCCCACGUUGCCAUGCAGGCCCUCAAUCUGCUGGGAGCUUGUGUUUCAAACUGUGGCAAAAUCUUCCAUCUGGAAAUCUGCUCCAGGGAGUUUUCUGCUGAAGUGAAGAGUGUCUUAAACAAGGCCCACCCUAAGGUGUGUGAAAAGCUAAAGGCAAUGAUGGUGGAGUGGGCAGAAGAUUUCCAGAAGGAUCCACAGCUCAGCCUGAUUGGAGCCACCAUCAAGAGUUUAAAAGAGGAAGGGGUCACCUUCCCAGCAGCCUCCUCACAGGGAUCCAGCACAAAGGUCAGCACCCCUGCUGCAACCAAGAUACCAGAUGAUGAUGACCUGGCCAAGGCCAUUGAGCUGUCCUUACAGGAACAGAAGCAGCAAGCGGAAACGCGGCCCCUCAUCCUCACCACCGACCCACCAAACAACCCCAACGGCGGCGGAGGGCAGGAAAGCCGCAAAGUGCGCGCGCUCUACGACUUUGAAGCAGCAGAGGACAACGAGCUCACCUUUAAAGCCGGAGAACUUAUUAUAGUUUUGGAUGACAGUGAUCCAAACUGGUGGAAAGGAGAAAACCACAGAGGAGUUGGGCUUUUCCCCUCAAAUUUUGUCACAACCAAUUUGAAUGCUGACCCAGAGCCAGUGGCUUAUGUUGAAAGGUCAGCCACUCCUGAGGAGACGAGUCUGGAAAGCAAAGUUGAACCAGAACCCGUCUACAUUGACGAGGCGAAGAUGGACAGAGCGCUGGCGCUCUUGCAGAAUGCAGAUCCUGCAGAUGCGACUCCUGACUCCUUAGAGCUACUCCACCUGGAAGGUGCGUGCGAACAGAUGAACCCGCUGAUCGAUGAGAAGCUGCAGGAGAUUGACAGGCAUCACUCGGAGUGGUCAGAAGUGAAUCUGAAAGUCAUGGAGGCCUUGGAGCUUUACAAUAAGCUGAUGAACGAGGCGCCUUACUACGCCGCCUACAACAAGAUGCAGUCGCAGUACGGCGCAGCGGGCUCCUCUGUGCCCAUGCAGGGUUACCUGGGACCAGCCGGUGGCCCCUACCUGCCCCCAGGUAUGCCCCAGGUCGCUCCUGCGCAGCCCUACGCUCUGCCCAGCGACCAGCCGGGACCGCUACAUUCGAUGCCCCCCAGCGUUACGGCGCCCCCCAGCAGCCAGGCCGCUCAGCCUCCCUACAUGAGCGGUGCCAUGAACUCUCAGUACAUGACCCAAGGAGCUCCGUACCCAUCCCAGGCGGGCGUGGCCAUGGAUAUGUCAGCCUAUCACAACGCCAGCAUGCCUCCCGUGUCUUAUCCCGUUGCCGCUCCUCCUCACCAGGCUCCUCCCCAGCAGCAGGCGGCGUACUAUCAGCAGCCUUUGCUGUAAAAACCCCAGAGCUGCCAGCAGACCAUUAACUACACUCUUCAGAUAUUUCAGUUUCUGCUCAAUCAGCUGCACUUAUUUUUUAAUUUUUUUUUCUGCUUUAGGAUACAUUCUUUGGCCUUAAAAUUUCUCGUCUAGCUCCACUGGCAGGACCCUAGAGCAGCUGAGGUAGCUGAAGUGUGUUUGUAAGGCAGGUCUGGAUUAAGCUGCUGCUUGUGAGGGCAGGACACGUCGGUCUCCACAAGACAACACACAACACUGGUGAUUUUUACCCACCUAUUAUUUAUCUAAUCUAUGGAUUAUCAGCAUUUCUUAGUUCAACAGAAUACUACUUCCACACAAGGCUUUGAAGAAUUUACUCUAAAUGUAAUGUCUGAGCGGCGCUUCUGUUUUACCUUCACACAACCUUGUUUGAGCUGCUCGUCUAGAAAAAGCAGCGCAGCAGCUGCAGCCUCCUGUCGGUGUCUGCAAGGAUUAGGCUCUCCGCCUAAUAAAAGAAAGAAAAAAAAAAAAGUCCUCGCACUUCAGGCAACGUGCAAACAGAACGCGAGCCUUCACAAGAGCCAAAUAUAUGUGCGGCGAUAGGGGCGGCAGUCGGAGCGGUGUGUACUUCUUCUUCGCCGCAGCCAGAACGCGUCUGGUACAGAGAGGCUGCGAGCCGACUGUACCGGCGAGGGUAAACAAAGCAGAAAGCACCAGAUGGACGUGGGCAGGCAGAACCGGGCUCUUCCUAAAUGCUCAUGAAAAACAAAGCAAGCGUGAUGGAAUAGAGCUGCAGCUACACCAUGGCUAAAGUUCAUUUACAGCAGCUCCCUAUACGAUUUAUUAUUAUUGUUUAAUUCUUAGGGUAAAUUCAAGUGAAGGCACGUUAAGCUCGUUCUUUCUUCUGCCGUUUGCUCUGAAGAGUCAAACUUUUCUGAAUCGGUGUACGAACUUGUCCGUCUGCAAAGCCAGCUCUUCACCUCACCAGCAUCUGUGUUGUUUUUUUUUUUUUUUUUUUGAAUGUCUAAUAAAAUGUCUUUGCAUUACUGUAAAUGAAUCACAUCCCGCUUUCCACAAAUAACUCGCCGCCUUGCUUUGUGCGGUCGUGUUUUGAGAUAUUUAUGUAAACCUAAGCUUCGUUCUUUCUCGGUGUCGGAACUUCUUCGUGUUGGUUGAAGAGAGGGGUUUUUUCAAAGGCUUCUUAAAUUCUAGGGUGAACUACUCGCCUUUCUUAGUUUAAUCUUGUGAAAUGCUGCAUCUUCUGAAUGUUUCCUGCGUCUUUGCUUUUUUUCUCUCCGCGAGCAGGGUCUCUUCAGUUCAGUAGCGCUGAGGAUUCUGCGUUUAUACAAAUGUACAUUACUGAAAUCUUUAAAUCCGUAACAUAUUUCACGAUCAAGAAUGCACAUGGCUCGAUUUUAUAUAUAUAUAUAUAUAGAUGGAUAUUCUAAAUGUGUAAUUUGCAUAGUUAAAACUAGUUCUUCUUUUUCCUCCUUUUACUUUGGAUUAUUUGCAACUGGAACAGAGGUUCCCUUGGCAAAACCUGUGUGAUGCCAUGUUUUAAACCUUUUGUUGUUGCUUUUCAGUUAAAAUGGAGGUCGCGUUCAUCACCCCCCCCCCCCCCCCCCCCCCUUUAAGUGGUUUUAUCUGAAAGUGUCGUAUUUCUACUUGGCACCCCGCUGUUCUUGGAGUUGUACAUUAAAUGUAAAAAAAAUACCUGGACUUUUUUUUUUUUUUUUUCUUUCUUUCAUGUUGAUAUUGCACCUUAGCUUUGUAAACAUUUAUUUACCACCGAAUGCCUUGAUUUUCUUGUUUUCUUGAAAUCAAAUAAUGACAUAAACGCAUCUUCGGCUAGCAACCCCCUUUGCAUUUGUAUAAUUCUGUACAUUUGAAAUAUUCCAGGAAAGGUUUCUUUAUCCGGGAUUUUAAAACUGCUUUUGUAACGGAGCAAACCUAUAAAUAUUCUUUAAAAUAAAAGAAAGAUGACCUAUUUCAA